AUGUGGAAGCCACCGAUAAAUUUUAUCACUCUGCAUUAUGCGUACAUUCUCAGCUUGGGACUUUUGGGAUUCAUAAUCAUUUACCCUUAUGGCAACCUGGCGGCCGUCGAUGCCUAUUUCUUCGGCGUCAGCGCGUCGACAGAAUCAGGUCUCAACACGGUUGAUGUCAAGGCCCUCAAGACAUACCAACAACUUGUGAUCUACUUCAGUCCCAUUCUGGGCAAUCUCGGUUUCGUCAAUAUCAUCGUGGUUGUUGUCCGAUUACGCUGGUUUGAAAAGAAGUUUAAAAAUAUCGCUCGGAUCCAACUUCGAAACAGACCCAACCGUAGCCACGGUGAUGAUCCUGGAGCCAGACCAGCUGCCAGAAAAGACAGGCCAGAUCAGACUCGAGAGCACAAAGCUCGGGAAUUGCCUGUUGAAGAGAAUUCCAGAUUCCAACGAGCUACCGCCACCGGCCAAACUGAGGAAGUCAAAGCCGAAGAUGCCCUCAACCCACAGAAAUCACCCCCACAGAUUACCUUCGCACCAGACAGCCGCAAAGUAUCCGAAAAGGCUUUGUACGUUCCACCACCACACGAACGCGAAAAUGGACAUCCAUUCGUGGACGUUGAAAAGGAUCCCGCCCGAUCCAAUGCCACAACACUGGGUCGAAUCACCUCACGAGAUGACUCUGAUGAUGAGGACGGCAUCACACCGGCCGCUCCCGCCCACCGCCAUGGUCUGUACAUGACGUAUACCAAGUCUCUUGAACGUGUUGCCUCUUCCAUGUUUGUCCUAGGAGCGACACCAUCGCAGUCGAAGGCAAGACCUAGCUCACCCGCUCAGAUCAAGGCAUUGUCGCAAGCGAUCGAAGGGGGCGAUGAUCUCCAUCUUUCCGCCGAAGAACGUGAUGCUCUUGGUGGCAUUGAGUAUCGGGCUCUCAAGUUGCUGUUCAGAAUCAUCGUCGCAUAUUUCUUCGGUCUUCACCUCUUCGGUGCAAUUUCUUUGGCUGGCUGGAUCGAAACGGCUCCGGCCAAGUACCGCGAAUAUAUUGCGUCGCAGGGCCAGAACAAAACCUGGUGGGCAUUUUACUCGGGAGCAACGAUGGUCAACAAUCUCGGCUUCACACUGACGCCGGAUUCAAUGUCCUCAUUCCAAGACGCCACGUUUCCCAUGCUCCUCAUGACCUUCUUGGCCUUUGCAGGCAAUACGUGCUACCCCGUCUUCUUGCGCUUGGUCAUCUGGACCACGUCAAAGUUGGCGCCGAAGAACUCGUCCAUGCAGGAGCCGUUGGCUUUCCUGCUCGAUCACCCUCGACGCUGUUACACUUUGCUUUUUCCUAGCCGUCCGACCUGGAUCCUCUUCGGCAUUUUGUUUGUCCUGAACUUCAUUGACGUCAUGUUAAUUAUCGUCCUGGACUUGGACAAUCCGGCUAUUAACAAUUUGGCCAUUGGCCCGAGAAUUUUAGCAGCCUUGUUUCAGGCAGCGUCUUCCCGCCACACGGGGACGUCUGUCUUCAACCUCGCGGACGUUAAUCCCGCUGUGCAAUUCUCUCUGUUGGCCAUGAUGUACAUUGCAGUGUUUCCCAUCGCCAUCAGCAUUCGCGCAUCCAAUGUGUAUGAAGAGCGCUCCCUGGGCGUGUACCACUCGAAAGAGCACGAGAUGGAUGAGAACAACGGGAGAUCCUAUGUUCUCACCCAUCUACGGAAUCAACUGAGUUUCGAUUUGUGGUACAUCUUCUUGGGCGUCUUCUGCAUUUCGAUCGCAGAGUCCGAGAAGAUCAUGGACCCAGCGAAUCCAGCUUUCUCAGUAUUCCCAGUUAUCUUUGAGGUCGUGUCAGCAUACGGGAACGUGGGCCUUUCACUCGGCCAUCCCACUGUUCUCACAUCUUUGUGUGGGAAAUUCACCACUUUCAGCAAGGUCGUUAUUUGCAGCAUGAUGAUUCGAGGCCGUCAUCGUGUGCUGCCCUAUCAGCUUGAUCGAGCCAUUGUCCUGCCGAGUGACCGGAUCGAUGAAAAAUCUGGGGAGGAGCUGGGCAAAUGCAGUCCCUCGAACGUCCAUGUGGCGCACAUGGUGAAGAUCAGGCGACCUCACACGAAGUGA